UGGAGCGAGUGAGAGAGGGUGAAGAAGUAGAGCGAGUGGCAUUCAAAUCGAGAGAACCCUAAUCUCCCAAUUUGGGGGAAAAACUUCGUCGACUCGCUCAAACCCUCGCGUGGAUUUGCAGUUCUAUAAAAAUCGCAGGUCGCUAGACAACAGCUUAUUACAGGAAAAAAGGUUGGUGUGUCAUGGAUAUAGAUCUUAGGUUGCCUUCUGGUGAACAUGAUAAAGAAUUGGAAGAGCCUAAUGGUAUUGUUAAUAUGCUAGACGAGGAAGAGAAGCCUCUUAAUGUAGAUGUAGUGGGUGAGAGUAUGGGAGAUGAGGACAAGUUGCAUGUUGAAGAUGUGGAUGACGUGAAUUCUCCCUUACCUGAUAUCGAUUUUAAAGUUGUGACGAUUCUUGAGCCACUCCCUGGUAUGGAAUUUGGGUCUCAUGGGGAUGCCUAUGCUUUCUAUCAGGAAUAUGCAAGAUCUGUGGGAUUUAAUACUGCAAUUCAGAAUAGCCGUCGUUCAAAAACAUCAAGGGAAUUCAUCGACGCAAAAUUUGCAUGCUCUAGAUAUGGAACAAAGCGUGAGUAUGAGAAAUCUUUGAACCGCCCACGCAGUAGACAAGGAAGCAAUCAGGAUGCUGAGAACGCUCCAGGUCGUCGAGCAUGUGCCAAGACAGAUUGUAAAGCAAGCAUGCACGUUAAGAGAAGGUCUGAUGGGAAAUGGAUAAUCCAUAGAUUUGAGAAAGAGCAUAACCAUGAACUGUUACCUGCCCAAGCUGUAAGUGAACAGACCAGAAGGAUGUAUGCUGCAAUGGCUAGACAGUUCGCUGAAUAUAAAAGUGCAGUCGGUCUUAAACAUGACUCCAGAAACCAAUUUGAAAAGGGCAGGAGUAUGGCAAUGGAUGCAGUGGAGGCGAGUGCUUUGCUUGAGUUUUUCGUCCAUAUGCAGACUCUAAAUCCAAACUUCUUUUAUGCAGUGAAUUUUGGCGAGGAUCAACGUCUGAGGAGUCUAUUAUGGAUUGAUGCCAAAAGCAGGCAUGACUAUCCCAAUUUCAGUGAUGUUGUAUCUUUUGAUACAAGCUAUAUCAGAAACAAGUAUAAAAUGCCUCUAGCUCUGUUUGUUGGGGUCAACCAGCACUACCAGUUCAUGCUACUUGGAUGUGCUUUGGUGUCUGAUGAAAAUGCUGAGACGUAUUCCUGGGUCAUGCAAACGUGGUUGAAGGCUAUGGGUAGCCAGGCUCCGAAAAUUAUGCUCACUGAGCAAGACAGAUUUUUGAGAUCUGUUAUUUCAGAUGUUUUGCCAUCCACACUUCAUUUUUUCUCCUUGUGGCAUAUAAUAGGAAAGAUUUCAGAAACACUGAAUAAUGUAAUCAAACAGAACGGAAACUUCAUGUCAAAAUUCGAAAAAUGCAUUUAUAGGUCAUGGACAGAGGAGGAAUUUGAAAAGAGGUGGCGCAAGCUGGUGGAUAGAUUCGAACUGAAAGAGAACGAGUUGAUCCAGUCAUUGUAUGAAGAUCGCAGAAUGUGGGUGCCUAACUUUAUGAAAGAUGGAUUUUUUGCUGGGAUGUCGACAGGUCAACGAUCAGAUAGUGUGAAUUCUUUCUUUGACAAGUAUGUUCAUAAGAAGACAACUGUGCAAGAGUUCAUUAAACAAUAUGAUGCCAUUCUGCAAGAUAGGUACGAAGAGGAAGCGAAGGCCUCUUCUGAUACAUGGAAUAAACAGCCUGCUUUGAAGUCUCCUUCACCUUUUGAGAAGCAUGUAGCUAGCCUUUAUACUCAUUCUGUAUUUAGGAAAUUUCAAGUCGAGGUAUUGGGCGCAGUAGCUUGUAUACCUAAGAAAGAGGAACAAGUUGAUGCGGUGGUCACUUUCAAAGUACAAGAUUAUGAGAGGAAUCAAGAAUUUGUUGUCACAUUGAACGAGUUGAAAUCCGAAGUGUCCUGCAUAUGCCGCUUAUUUGAACUGAAAGGUUUCCUUUGUAGACAUGCAAUGAUUGUUCUUCAGAUCUGUGGCAUCUCAGCAAUACCAUCACAAUAUAUUUUGAAACGGUGGACCAAAGACGCCAAGAGCAGAUACUCAAUGGGGGAAGGGUCCGAGCAGGUGCAGUCAAGGCAGCAGCGGUAUAAUGAUCUUUGUCAAAGGGCUAUGAAAUUGAGCGAAGAAGGAUCAUUGUCACAAGAGAGUUACAAUCUGUCUCUUCGUGCACUUGAUGAAGCUUUUGAGACCUGUUUGAAUGCCAACUACUCCAAUAAGAAUCUUCUAGAAGCUGGACACUCUGCUUCCCCAGGUAUUUUGUGCAUUGAAGACGACAUUCAAAAUGGAAGUUUGAGCAAGACAAAUAAGAAGAAGAAUGCAACUAAGAAAAGAAAGGUUAACAUGGAACCAGAUGUUAUUACAGUUGGCACAACAGAUAGCUUACAACAAAUCGAAAAAUUGAGUUCUCGACCUGUAAAUCUGGAUGGAUUUUUCAGCCAUCAUCAAGGUUCUCCGGGAAUGCUGAACUUAAUGGGCUCCACACGCGAUAGUUACUUCGGGAACCAAUCGGCCAUUCAGGGACUAGGCCAGCUGAACUCUAUUGCACCUACUCAUGAUGGUUACUAUGGUACUCAGCCUGCCAUGCCUGGAAUGGGGCAUAUGGAGUUCUUCCGCAAUACAAAUUUUGGCUAUGGCAUUCGGCAGGACGAUCCCAACGUGCGAACUUCCCAGUUGCACGAUGACGCACCAAGACACGCGUGAGAAAAUCUCUCUCUCAUUCAAUGAAGCAUGCAGGCUAAUUAGUCGAGCACGUUGGUAUCCGUACAGACUGAUUGAUGCAUAACAAGAGGCUGAGUGAAGAGUGUGUGCCAAAUGGGAGAGCAUCUCUUGAUUUUAACUGUACAGUAAGUGAACAUAGAUUGAGCAGCAGCAUUUAACUUUGUUGUCCCUCCGGCACGGUGCUGUAGCAGGAUCAGCAGCUUCGUCGUAUCUGGCCGCCGCCGCGUCGCUGUGUUGUAGCGAUAGUAGCAAGUUGUAUCUGUAGUUAACUUAAGGUAAAUCUAGGAUUCCUGUGAAGAAGAGGGCAUUGUUGAGUUGAUGUUUGUUGUGUUACCACAUUAAAUAUCUAUCUAUAAUUCUACAUCUUUACUUAAGUAAAA